AUUCAAUGCACGUUUGGCUCGCAUGUAACUGCUAGCAAUAAAUGGUUGUAAAUGUUUGUGGAGUUAGAAAAUGUGCGCGGUUCACCGAUUAAUUUAAUAGUUACAGAUUAAUGUAUAUUUUAAUUGUUGACAGUCGGCAACGGCAAUAUUAACAAAAAAAACGAUAACAUUUAAAUUGAUUUAUAAGUAUAAACAUUAUCUUUGUUUGUGUGUUCAAUGUGAAAUAAUUAUGCACACUUUUAUGAAUAAUAUUUUGACUGCAAUAUUUAUUGCAUUUAAUAUGCAUUCUUAAGUAUAUGAUGAUUAAGAUAUGAAUUUCAGCGACGAUCCAUUGGCGGACUUGCUUAGCGACAAUAGUUUAGACAAUGACACCUUCUUCGAUAAUCCAACAGGAAUACGUACUACAGCUCGUAUUAAUAAAAGUAAAAAUAAAUUAGAUGAUUUAUUUGGGAUUAAAGAAGAAAGUGAAACGACAGUAUUGCCAGUCCCUCAAGCACGCCAACCUGUGCCACCAACAACUGUAACUACGAGUACACCACGCACAACUAACUAUCAACAAAAGCCUUUCAAAGAUAUGCUAGAAGAUGACGACGAUGAUGAUUUGGGUUUCGAUCCGCAGAAACCAAAAGCCGGCGGUAAAUUGAAUUUGUUGGACGAUUUGUUUGCGGGCACAAGCGUUAAGGAGUCAAAAAGACCCGCUACCGCGCAACCCUCGACUGUGCGUCGUGAUACAGAGAAGCCUCCUAUAUCGCGACAAUCAACAGACACCACCACCGAUACCUCAAAUGUAUUGCUAAUACAACCACGUCCUAAAACAUCGGCGGGAAGACGUAGUUCCAGUGCGUCGAAUGUAAUGACGACCGAUCUGUUAGGUCUAUUUGGUGGUUCCAUCACCAAAGAACGUGAAAAAGAACCUUCUACCUCGGGCAUGUCUACGCCAAAAGCUAGAAAACGUGGUACUACCGCAGACUGGCUUGGUUUGGGUACAGACUCGGAAGUUGCUGGUAAGUCUGAUAACGUAACAGACUUACCAAUGCGCACCUCAAAACCGCCAACGACUACUUCGCUUACCACAACUGCUAGUACCGCAAGAGAAACUAUAGACAUUUUGAAGCUGCCUGAUAAUGAGAUACAUGCGCCCCUUGUGCAACAUGCUGAAAUGCAUGAAGACACGUUAAUGAUACCACAAGUUGUAACUUCUGCCCCAACUGGCGACAGCACAGCACAAAAUAUACUAUUGCUAAAUACCCAAAAUUUGGAAAUGAAGAACGCUUACACCGCUCUGCAGCAGCAAGAGUCUCAACUUGCGUUGGCGGCGCAGAUGAAAAACCAAGAACGCGCUUUGCUGGAAAUGCAGCGCAAGCAAGAAAUACUACUACAAGAACAGGAUCGGCAGUUUCAGGCAUUAGUACAACAACAGCUAAAGCGUCAGCAACAAAUGGAGGAUCAUAUUAAGAUGCAACAGCAACGAAUCAACACACAUAUACAACUUCUGAUGACACAGCCUGCCUUGCUGCCGUCUUCUAUAUUAUUACCGCCGACUAAACAAGCGUCAGAGAUUGACACCUUAGGUGAGCGCAUUGGAUCUCCAGAUGGUACACCAGAAAAAUCUGACGACGCCGGUGGAGCUUCGGACGAACGGCGUGGCCGCAAUCGCAGUAAUAGCGGCAGCCGUAGCCGCAGUUACAGCCGCAGUAGACCGGCCUCACCGCCGGACCUCAUGCUGGAAACGGUACAACAUGAAGCUGAUGUCAAGCGCUUGCAGUUAGAAAAAUUACGCCUGGAAGAGUUGGUGGCAAAUCAAAAGGUCAACUAUGAGCGCGAAAUUGAAUUGAUAGAACGUUCCUAUAAAAAGCAAUUAGAAGUUGUCGAAAACCAUACAAACUCAAUUGAAACGCGGUUAAAAGCAGAACUGGAAGAGCUUACUAAGUACUACAAACAAAAACUGGAUACGUUGGAAAGCGAGAAGGAAAAAUUAAAAUCAGAAUACGAAACCGACUACGGUAACUUGAAGCAGGAUCACGAAGAUGAGUUACGCAAACUAAAAAAAUCGCAUGAGGACGACAUAGAAAUGUUAAGGGAAGAACAUCGACGUAUGCUGGAUAAUGUGCGGCAAGCUAAAAUGCUUGAAUUUGCCGCAGUACAGGAGAAUGGCUCAUAUAUGGAGAUGCUGAAGGCUGCCUCAAACAACUUAGAGAAUCUCACUGGUGGCUUGCGGGGCUUGCGCGAUGACGUACAAUCGCGACUUGAGAUGUUGCACAAAGAAAAGGAAAAUAAGUUAGAGGCACGUGAACGUCGACUUGAAGACGCUGAACGACGUUUGAAGAUGAACGAAGAAUCCGCGGAUGAAGAAAAAAAGCGCCUAAUGACAUUGGUUAGCAGUUUGGAGCAGCAACUAAAUAAAUUGUCAAAAGAAUCGGCAGACGAAAACUGGAUGCUGCGUCAGCGGAUGGCCGCACUUGAGGCCGAGAAGGCGGCAUUUGAAAAAGAAAAAGAGUUUGCACGCGAACAAAUAACGCGUGAUGAGAAACGUCUGGAGGAACUCAAAGAGCGACAAUUAGAUGAAAUGCAACGCGCUUUGACGGAUUUGCAAGAGGAACGAGCACGUCUUUAUUUGGAGCGUACUAAGAUUGAGACAGAGCAGAAACUUCAUUCCGGCCAUGAUAUUGAAAAGCAACGUUUAGAAAUGGAUGCCGUCAUGAAAGUGGCGCAAGAUGCGGCGCGUCAAGCGGAUAUUGAGCGUGAACGUUAUCACAAGUCAUUGCGCCAAUUGGAACAAUAUAAACGCGAACUUAUCGAUAAGGAGAAUACACUGCGCGCCAAGGAAGACGAACUACAGCAGGAAACCCUUUCUUUUCGUAUGGCUGGACAUAAAUCACAGGAAGCGCUACAAAAAGCGCGCGUUGCCGAGCAAAACUUUCAAACCAAAUUGCAAUUAUUACAGAAACGCUUGCGCGAAACAGACGAGAUGGAGGUGAAUCUCUCACAAGAGCGCAUGCUUCUUACACAAGAACGCAUUAAAUUAGAACAAUUCAAGGCGCGUCUCUUGCAAAAGCGUUGUGAACUAUGCAAAAUGGGGGAUGAGCGUGAAAAUAUAACACAAUAUUUAAAUAGCAACAAUGACGAACAUGUUGCGAAUGAUAAUGGUGCAGCGGGCGAUUCGAUGCCACAGCAACGCAAUCACAUUCGCUCGGAGGAGCUCAAAAUGCGGCAAAUGUUGGAACAAGGCAGCAUUGUGGAUCGUAUACUUGACGAGAACAUAGCCGAGUCUCUGCGCAAAAUGAGAGCAUCAACCAACAUGCAAUACUGGCCGGAGACGGUGCUGGACGAUGAUGCCAAGGAGAUGGCUCUACAUAAUUUGGAUGGCAGUUUGUUACGAGGCAGCGUAGAUAAUUUAUUAAGUCGGACCUCACACACCAAAUAUUAACGGUAGUAAAUUUUAUAUGUAUGUACAAAAGAAUUUAUACAAAUUAAACGAUAUUGUCUUAAAAA